UGUGAAACAUUUACAAAGACAGAGGGUAUUCUGGUAAAGCUGCAUAAAUCCCGCUUAGUAAUAAUCUUUGUUGAGCUAAAAAGGCAAGGAAGUUGUCAUUCAUCUUCAGGUGCUUUACUGUUAACAGUUAACACAGUUAGUGUGUGAGGACUGAGCUAGUUCUAGCUCUGCGUUCCGUGUGUCUCCACCCUGAACUUGCUGCAAAAUCUUUGUUUAAUGAGCGGUAAAAGCGUGUUUGUUUGUUCUUUUGAGUGUUAGAAUGUUGGAGGGAAGGUUGUUGGGUGGUGCUGUUAUGAUGUGGCUGUUAGCAUGGAGGUGGGUUAUUCCGAUGGGAGAAUCAGCAAUAGGGGUCAACUGGGGCACCGUUUCUUUCCACAAGUUGAAUCCUUCCACGGUGGUUGAUCUCUUGAAAGAUAACAAGAUUUCAAAAGUAAAGGUGUUUGAGGCAGAACCUGAGGUUCUUAAGCCUCUCAUGGGGAGUGGGAUUCAGGUGAUGCUUGGGAUCCCGAAUGGCAUGUUGGCCCUCCUCAGCACUUCCCCUACUGCUGCUGAUUUGUGGCUUCGCCAGAAUGUUUCUGCUUACAUAGGAAAGCAUGGUGCUGAUAUCAGGUACAUUGCUGUUGGUAAUGAACCAUUCCUCACUAGUUAUAACGGUGAAUAUCAGAACUUGGUGAUGCCAGCCAUACUCAAUCUACAGCAGUCUUUGGUGAAAGCAAAUCUUGCUAGUUACAUUAAACUAGUUGUCCCUUGCAAUGCAGAUGCAUACGAGUCUUCACUUCCUUCCCAAGGGGCAUUCCGGCCUGAAUUGACCCAAAUCAUGACUCAGCUGGUUCAAUUUCUCAACUCAAACGAUGCCCCAUUUGUUGUUAAUAUCUAUCCAUUCCUCAGCCUCUAUGACAACAAAGACUUCCCACAAGACUAUGCAUUCUUUGAGGGAACUACUCACCCUGUCACAGAUGGAAACAAUGUGUACACCAAUGCAUUUGAUGGAAACUAUGACACUUUGGUUGCAGCCCUUACUAAACUGGGAUAUGGUCAAAUGCCUAUAAUCAUUGGGGAAAUCGGUUGGCCCUCAGAUGGAGCCAUUGGUGCAAAUAUCAGUGCAGCAAAGGUUUUCAAUCAAGGUCUCCUGAGUCAUGUUCUAAAUAACAAAGGGACCCCUUUGAGGCCAGGUGCUCCUCCUAUGGACAUCUAUCUCUUCAGUCUGCUUGAUGAAGGAGCAAAGAGCAUACUACCAGGAGGGUUUGAAAGACACUGGGGGAUAUUCUCAUUUGAUGGCCAAGCUAAGUAUCCUCUAGACCUUGGCCUUGGCAACAAGGAAUUGAAGAAUGUAAAGAAUGUUCAGUAUCUUCCACCCAGAUGGUGUGUAGCAAGCCCCUCCAUAGAUGUUCAAAACGUAGCAAACCAUAUGAGAAUUGCAUGCAGUGUUGCGGAUUGCACCACACUUGGUUAUGGAGGUUCUUGUAAUGGGAUUGGGGAGAAGGGUAACAUCUCAUAUGCUUUCAACAGUUACUAUCAGUUCCAAAUGCAAGACUCACGUAGCUGCAAUUUUGAUGGGCUUGGUAUGAUCACUUUCCGAGACCCCUCAGUUGGUGAUUGUCGUUUCCUUGUGGGCGUCACAGACAAAGGCUCUGACUCCUCUGUUUCUCAGACCAGAUAUCAGUGGUCGGUUCUACUACCAUUUCUAAUCAUAAUACAAAUCAUCACUUCUUUUUCAUUGUGAUUCAGAUGUUCCACAAUGUGGGAUUUCCAUUUUCUAUAAAAAGAAGUAGCAGUGAAGUAGAAUA